AUGAAGGCCUCUACAAUCUUCAGUCUCUUUGUUGCCUAUGUGGCUACUGCUAGUGCGAUUCCAGUGAAACAAAGAGAUCAUCAAGUUGAGAUCACCUUCAUUGGCGCCGCCAACGCCCAGUUCACUCAAAGCAUCUCUACUGACGGGUCCACUGUCUCGAUUGAAAACCCAUUGAGCAUCUCGCACAUCUCAUCCAACACUGCCGGGGUCCAGUGUACCUUUGACGGCAUUGAUCAAAGCGUGACAAUCGUCAACGGAGCCGAAUUGGUGGAUGUUGGCCCUCCACAGACCCAGAUUACUGCGUCUUGCCAGGUCCAGGGAUCGGGUACAUCCCCUGUACCUCCUUCCACUGAUCACCCCGAUGGUGAUCAAGUGCAUGUCACUUUCAUUGGAGCUGCCGAUGCUCAGUUUACCCAGAGUUUCCCAUCCAAUGGUGAAUGGAUUCAAAUCGUAAACCCUCUGAGCAUUUCCCACAUUCAAACCACCACCGAGGGCGCUACUUGCGUUUUCAACGGCAUUGACCACAGCGUGACUACUGUUGCUGGUACCCAGUUGGUCGAUGUCGGACCUCCACAAACCCAGGUUUCGGGUUCCUGCGCAUGA